AUGUCGGGCUCUGUCUCAUCGUUUCGAAGUCGAGGGUCAAGCUAUGCCGAAAGUGUCCACGGCGUCAUCGAAGAAUCAGACACCUGGGCACCCAGAAAACCACAGGUACAUCGUAUCGAUCUUGACCGUCGAAGUUCCAUGUCAACCGACAAUGGCUCACAUUCCGGCUCAACUCUGCCUCCGGGCGACGAGGCCGAGGAGGAGAUGGAGUUGAAGACACCUCGGGCAAUCAGACAGAAACUGGCCUUUGUCGACGGCAGAGAACAAGCACUGAGCCCUAUGACUUAUGAUGAAAUCCCACCGUCAUCCACUUUCUCAUCCACGUCGUUGAACGGUGCGGGAUUCGAUAAACCAAAUGCUUUCACUUCCGGUGGCUCCAUGGCAGAUAUGCUGCAGACGCUACUGUCCAAAGUCUCGAAUCUGGAACGCCGCCAGCCGACUGUAAUGGCAGACGAACACAGCUCGCUGCAGAAACGCUUCGACGAAAUCGAAAAAGACCACAAGGAGCGCACACAGAACUACGUGGACCUGCUGACACUGCGCAAUGGUGACCUCGAGAAUCUGAUCAAGGUCCGCGGACUCCUCGCCAAGGAGCGCCGAAUGCACGAGGAGAUGAAGAUGCUGCGCGACGAAGACCUGAGCAACGUACUGGUGCUGCGGGAACAGCUCGCCAAUGCGACGUGGGCAUCGACGCGGCCAGGGAUGCCCGGGGCCAUGACGAGUCCGACCUCCGGACACUCGCAUUCGAGCUCCGGUGCCAAGCUGAGCAUGAAGCAGAGCGACUACCUGUGGCAGGUGGCGCGCACGGCGGCCAUGGAGCAGCGGGUGCUGGAGCUCGAGAGCGCCAACAAAGACCUGCAGACCCAACUGCAGGCGGCCGCGGCCUUGCCGUCAUCAUCCUCGCUGAGUCUGGCAAUGGUGCCCGCGUCGUCGUCGUCGGCCGCGGUGCCUCCUCCCGUGCACGCCGUCGCCGCCGCCGACAACCACUUCGUCUCGCGCAUCGAGGCCAUGUUCGAGGACAGUCUCCGGCACAGCGAGAAGGUCGCCGCCAAGGUCCAGUCGUUGAGGAGCGACAAGGAGUCGCUGCAGAAGGAAGUCGCCUCCCUCGAGGACCGCAAUGCCGAGCUCGAGUCGCUCGUGCAACGGCUGCAGAGGAAUCUGAGGGUCUGA